GAAAAAAAAAUAUUAGGUUAUUCAUGCUUGUGUCACACAUUUCUAAUUUAAUAAUUUCUCUCUAAACAAUGAUAACAUUAGAGAAAAGUGGUGUACAAAUUAAACUUGCCUUACUAUAAAUAUAUCCAUUCAGCUUCUCUUUCUCUCCAUCUAAAAAAAAUGGGUGGUUUAGCGAGGCAUCUUCCUCUAUUGGUUAUGAUAGUUUUGCAAAUUCAUUAUGCAGCUCUUGCCAUCUUCACAAGAGCCGCUCUGUUAGAUGGAUUGAGUACAACGGUCUUUGUAGUGUACAGGCAUGGCAUAGCCACUUUGGCUUUGGCACCUAUGUUUCUCUCUUCUACGAGGAGACAAUCAAUGAAGAAUUCAUUGGGAUUCAGGAGCUUCACUUUGAUGUUUGUCACAGCCCUUGUUGGAGUCACAGCAAAUCAGAAUGCAUAUUUUAGAGGAUUAUAUUAUUCAUCUUCAACUGCAGCCACGGCAAUGAGUAAUCUAAUACCCGCGUUAACGUUUGUAAUUGCAACAAUUGUUGGAUUUGAGAAAAUAGAUGUACGAAGCUUAAGAAGCGUGGCAAAAAUAUUAGGGACAAUUUGUUGCGUCAGUGGAGCCUUAACCAUGGCUUUGGUCAAAGGACAGAAGCUGUUACACAUGGAGUUUCUUCCUUCUAUACACCUCACUGGCACUGGAGGUGACGACUGGCUUCUGGGUUGUCUGUUGCUCUUAGCAAGUAGUAUUUUUUGGUCAUGUUGGAUGAUCCUUCAGGUACCAAUUGCUUCAUCUUGCCCAGACCAUUUAUUAUCAACCUUUUGGAUGUGUCUCUUUUCAACACUCCAAUCAGCCAUAAUUGCACUGCUUUCUGAGCCUAAUCUUCAAGCAUGGAUUUUACCCUCACCCCUACAAAUUUCAUGUUCUUUAUACGCAGGAAUCGGAAUAGCGGUUAGCUUCCUAAUUCAAUCCUGGUGCAUCUCAGAAAGAGGACCCUUGUACUGUGCCAUGUUCAAUCCUUUGGCCACAGUCAUCACUGCUUUGAUAAGUGCAACCUUCCUAAAGGAAGAGAUAUACGUUGGAAGUUUGAUAGGGGCUGUUGGAGUUAUUGCUGGUUUAUAUAUUGUUCUUUGGGGUAAAGCCAAGGAGUUUGAGGAGUAUAAACAAGAGACACCCCAAUCAAACUUGCAAAAUGAUGAGAUAAGUAGUAAGAUAGAUUUGGAAGAACCUCUUCUGUCAGAGAAGUCUGAAAAUGUAGCAGAAGCGGAGAACAAGGUGUAGCCAUUAUCACUAAACAAAUAGAAGUUUUGGUGAAAUAAAAUUUUGAUCGUUUCAGAAUUCAUCAAACGGGUCGAAACAGCUAGAACAAGUGGCAGCUUAAACAAACUUGGCUUAAUCUCUUUCACCAAAAUUUCUAACGAAGAGAAUGUGAAAAUAAAUUCAAGCUCUGGGCCUGGAUUAAUGGUAAUUAUGUAAAAGUGAUAAUAUUUUUUUUUUUUGUAAUGAAAAUUUCUAGUAUGUCGUUAGGAGAAAAAAUAAGAAUUAAUUUCUAUUUCCUUACCUCCGUUUA